UGUGCACGUGUCACAUGUGGCUAUUGGAGUAAAAAACAUCAGCUGUCGUUUCUCUCCCAUCACCUUCGUAUCGUUUUCUGUGUUAUAAUAAUUAUCUCUUUAUGUACAUCAAAAGAAUUUAUCUAUAAUAAAUACAAAACAAUAAUCAAGCACAUUGAUAAAAGCAUUUAAUAUCGAUUUUUCAAAAUGCAAGAUCCAAAUGAGGAUACUGAAUGGAAUGAUAUUCUAAGAAAGAAAGGUAUCAUACCUGAAAAGAAAAAAGAGCAAGAAGUUACUGAAGAUCAAAUAGUAAAUCUCUUGGAGAGUACUAUAGAUGAAAAAACAGGACGUGUUUCUAACAAUUUAGAAGAAAAGACUUUGGAUGAGUUAGACGAACUAGAAGAUGAAGAGGAUCAACGGAUUUUGGAGGAAUAUCGGCAAAAGAGGAUAGCAGAAAUGAAGGCACUAGCAGACAAAUCGAAAUAUGGGGAAGUACGAGAAAUAUCUGCGGAAGAUUAUGUUAGAGAAAUCAAUAAAGCUGAAGAGGAUGUAUGGGUUGUUCUACAUUUAUAUAAAUCUGGAAUUCCACUUUGUACUUUAGUCAAUCAGUACCUUGCUAAUUUAGCAAGAAAAUUUCCUACCACAAAAUUUUUGAAAAGCAUCUCUACUACAUGUAUUCCUAAUUGGCCUGACAGCAAUCUUCCUACAAUAUUUAUUUAUCAUAAUGGAAAUAUGAUGAAACAAAUUAUUGGACCACUUGAAUUCCGUGGCAUGAAUUUGUCCGAAGCAGAAUUGGAAUGGAUGUUGGGACAAGAAGAGGCAGUACCAACAAAGAUUAAGGAUGAUCCUCGACCUAAAGUCAGGGAUGUCUUAUUUUCCAGCUUGAAGAAUCAAAAUGGUGAUUCUGAGGAUGAUAACGAUUGGUAAU